GCCCCAGUCCCUUACCCUCCCCUCCCCAGUAUCCAGCGUCCCUUGGACAGACUCCGCCGCUGUUACUGCAGCCACCUCCGUCGUCCACACCGCCACCUCCUCAGGGCCAGCGAAAUGCAGUAUGAGAUGCACGACACCGUGAAAGGCAAAGCCAUGUCCUACCCAGUGACCAGUCAGCCCCAAUGCGCCAGCACCUGCUACCAGACCCAGCUCAGUGACUGGCACACGGGCCUCACGGACUGCUGCAACGACAUGCCCGUCUGUCUGUGCGGCACUUUCGCCCCGCUGUGCCUCGCCUGUCGCAUCUCCGACGACUUCGGCGAGUGCUGCUGCACGCCCUACCUGCCCGGAGGCCUGCACUCUUUACGCACCGGCAUGCGCGAGCGCUACCGCAUCCAGGGCUCCAUCGGGCACGACUGGGCGGCCCUCACCUUUUGUCUGCCCUGCGCCCUCUGUCAAAUGGCGCGGGAACUGAAGAUACGAGAGUAAAGACAUUCCCGCCGUCUUCCUCCUCCUAGUCCGCUGGUCACGCCUGGCCCCCCGGGACCUCUCCUGGGAGAGCCUGCCCCGCCGCCCCUGUCCCACCGCCAAAAAUACACCCACAAUAAAAACCUGAAAACCAACCCC